UCUUAGGCGAGAGUAGAACCGUCUUGUAACGUCAAGCGUGCCAACUGUCGUGAAAGCACAUUGACGGAGAAAGAAGCGAAAAAGACGCUAAUUAGUCAGUUAUUAUUUGUUCCUAAGUUUGUAAAAAUUGUAUGUCGUAUAAAAUCCAUCUUUGAGUCUUUUUUUCAGGGGAAAAAAAUCGUCUCCGUGCGCGAGAAACUUCUCGUGCUAGCUAGUUUAGCUCGCUAGUUAGCUUAGCUUGUUAGCUGCUAACAAAGAGACGCGGACGUUAUCAACACAUCGCUAAGUAGAGAUCAAAUGUGAGUGUAAAGUGUUGUGAUUGUGUGGAAAUGUGCGAAAGAACGAUAGCAAAGUAUGAGGAGGAACUUUGUCCAACAAAAGAGGAGAAGGAGCGACAACAUCAACUACUGGACGCUGUUUUCAAGAAACAUCAAGUUGUGUUACACAGAACAGCAGCCCCCCCACAUUAAAGAGGAAGAGGAGGAUCCACAGCCCCCCCACAUUAAAGAGGAAGAGGAGGAAGUGUGGAUCACUCAGGAGGGAGAGUGUCUUCUAGGGCAGGAGGAGGAUGAUGUCACCAAGUUUCCACUGACUGUUGUCUCUGUGAAGACUGAAGAGCAUGAAGACAAACCACCUGAGUCCUCACAGCUUCAUCACAGUCCAAACGUCCAGCGGGUGUCAGCAGAGAGUCAAGAAGAGAUUCCCUCCAAGCAACAGGAGUGGAGCUCAAGUGUGCUACAGAAGGAGCUACAGCCCCCCUCCCACAUUAAAGAGGAAGAGGAGGAACUUCGGGAGCAGCUUCAAAGGUUGGAGGAGGCUAAUGAUGAAGAUGAAGCUCAGUCCUUACAGCUUCAUCACAGUCAAAGUGAGGAGAACAGAGGGGCGGAGCUUGUAAGUCAACACAUCACAGAAGCUGAUGGAGAGCAUUGUGAAGAUAUAAAGUCAGAACCAGACAGCAUCUUUGCUCCACUGUCAGACAUGGACCACAUGAUGUCAGACUCUUCUGAUCACAGUGACCACAUCCAAAAACCUUUGGAGAGUAAAAAUGACUCUAAAGGUGAUACGAGACAUCACACUAACAACAAACACUUUGACUGCUCUCAAUGUGGGCAAUCAUUUAGACUGAAGACUAAUCUUACAAGACACAUGAGAACACACACUGGAGAGAAACCUUUUCUUGCUCUGUUUGUAAGAAGAGUUUCUCCACAAAACAUUACAUGACCACACACAUGAGAACACACACUGGAGAGAAACCUUUUUUCUUGCUCAGCUUGUGCUGAAAGAUUCAACACUAAGAAGAACAUGAUAUUACACAUGAGAACACACACAGGUGAGAAAACUUUUACUUGCUCCGUUUGUAAGAAGAGUUUCUCCAGAAAGAAUGACAUGACCUCACACAUGAGAACACACAUUGGUGAGAAACCUUUUACUUGCUCCGUUUGUAAGAAGAGUUUCUCCACAAAACAUUACAUGACCUCACACAUGAGAACACACACUGGGGAGAAACCGUUUAGUUGCACUGUGUGUGAUGAGAUGUUCAGGUUCAAGCAGCAGGUCAGUAGACACAAGUGUGUAACAGUCAUGGAAGCUGCAGGGAUUUAAAAACAGUUAAACAGUGAUUGUGCUAAAUGUAGUUUAAAAACACAGCAUGUUUAAUAUGAAUGUAUAUUAUAUGUUGUAUGUAGUGCUUCUCAUCUUCUAGUCUUAUAUGUUGUCCUGUAGUUACUUUUUAAGUUGUGUGCACGUAUUGAAUAUUAUAUAUGUAGCUACUAUUUGAUUCUCUUUUCUCAUUGUUAAAGAGAGGACAUCUUAUUAUUUUCAUUUGUUUUUUUCACACAUUUUUUCCAUUGCAUCUUAUUGAUGUUAUUAUCCAAUUAAAAGUAUGAUGAAUAAAAUGGUUAACAAAAUGUGGACUCUGGUAGAUUAGCAGCAUUGUUACAUCAUGGAUGUUAACUACUGCAAAACAUCAACA